AUGAGUUUGCCCUUCAAUCCCAAACCUUUCCUCAAUGGAUUAACAGAAAAGCCAGUAACGGUGAAACUGAAGUGGGGGAUGGAGUACAAAGGCCACCUGGUAUCUGUAGAUGGCUAUAUGAACAUGCAGCUUGCAAACACUGAAGAAUGCAUAGAUGGAGCCUUGUCUGGACACCUGGGUGAAGUUUUAAUAAGGUGUAAUAAUGUCCUUUGUAUCAGGGGUGUUGAAGAAGAGGAAGAAGAUGGAGAAAUGAGAGAAUAGCAUCUUUUGUGGGAAAACGUUUUUAUAUAUAUUUCUAGACAAUAAAAAUUUGUUUUUUC